AUGGGAGAGGUCUUGGUAGCAAUUGAGAAGCAACUGGAUGGUCGGGAUGUCACGUGGCUGAAGUCGAGGACGAGAAUGAAGAUGACAAUGGUCGAGAAGAUCGAGGUGGUCGAAGAGGUGAAGGGAGUAAGAGGAGGCGAGGAGAUGGAGGUUGAGAGGAGGCGGGGAAUGAGAAUGAGAGAGGAGGUGGGCAUCACAACCCAAAUGCCAAUCAUUAGUUUUCAAGCGGAAGACGUUGAAAGAGUUCUGGUGCCACACAACGAUGCGCUGGUUGUUACGACGGAGGUCGUAGGAUUUGAUGUUAAAAGGGUGUUUAUCGAUACGGGGAGUUCAUUCGAUGUGAUGGAGAUGAUGCUAAUGAGGGAGAUCUCUUUACCAGUCGCCCUAGGGUCGGGGGCAACUCAUAAGGUUAGGAUGGUGAGGUUAGUGGUUGUAGGGGCUGAGUCGUCUUAUAAUAUCAUCAUGGGGAUGACCAGCUUGAACGCUUUCCAAGCUGUGGCUUCAACCUACCACAUGACGAUAAAGUAUCCGAUAGGUGAUAGUGUUGAGAAAAUAGUAGAAGAUCAACUGACUUCGAGGAGCUGCUAUCGGACCACAGUGAGCAACAACCGGAAGAUGGCCAAGAGACAAGCCAAACCUGGUGAAGAGCCAUUGAGAUCGAGGUUGGUUGAGUUGGUAAGGGAGUUCGCAGAUAUUUUUGCUUACACGGCGGAGGAGUUGACGGGCAUCGAUGUCAGUGUGAUCGAGCAUCGGCUCAACAUUGACUUCAGUGUGAGGCUGAUGAAACAGAAGAGGUGGCAUCAUGAAGCAACGUACCAAAGAUUGGUAGAUAAAAUUUUUAAAGAGCAGCUUGCUCGAAACAUGGGGGUGUACGUGGAUGACAUGCUGGUUAAAAGAAAGUUUCUUAGGUACUUGGUGACCAGAAGAGGCAUAGAGGUCAAUCCAGAAAAAGUGCAAGUAGUGCUAAAGAUGAAAUCGCCCACAAGUGUGAAGGAGACGGAGGAAGCUCAGAGGGCGUUCGAGGAGCUGCAAAAUGUACUAGCUCACUUGCCUCUGUUAGGUAAGUCGGUCCAAGGAGAGGAUCUGAGUAAUGCAGGGAGUCGAGUUGAAAUUCUCGGAGAUCGAGAAGUUUGCUUUGGCGGUAGUGGUUAUGGAUGGAAGUCGAAUCGGAUGGGAGAUGACAAUUGUUUGUGGACAAAUCAGUCUCGAAAGGAGGAGCAGUUGGCUGUGGCGGGCGGAGCUCGAGAAAUCCAAGUACACUUGGAUUCUCAAUUGGUUGUUGGACAGUUUCAAGAAGACUUUUUGUCGAAGAUAACGCAAAACUUGGUUGAUUGCAAAACUAGAAGUGUAGCUUUAUUACAUAUGAAGAAGAGCAAUGUGGAAACUGAGGUCGUAGAGAUAGAGAAGGUCGAAGAUUGGAGGGUUCCUAUCCUGAAGGAGUUGAAGGAAGGAAGUCUGAAAGUGGUCAAAAUGUUUUUCGAGCAAGAUGGGAUCAUCUAUAAGAGGUCGUAUGCAGGGCCACACGUGAAAUGUGUGACCAAGGAGGAAGGACGAUAUGUGUUGGCAGAAGUGCAUGAAGGUUUCUGCAGUGAUCAUAUGCCUGAAGCAUUAUCCUCUUAUACAUCAACCGGUAGAAACAAUGAUGACGACGAGUGCUCCCAUUCCAUUCGCGCAGUGGGGAAUCAACCUGGUGGGGCCGGUGCCGCAGGGAACUUGCCAGAGGAAAUUUUUUAUUGUAGUGGUCGAUUAUUUCACGAAACAACAGGUGAAACCGCAUUCAGUUUGGUCUAUGGGAUGGAGGCAUUACUACCGAUCAAGGUGGAGUUGGAAUUUCACAGGUCGAGUGCAUAUGAUCAUGGCCAGAAUAAGGAACUGAUGCAGGCAGCCUUAGACACAAUCGAGGAGCUCAGGAAGCAGGCAUCGACCAGGGUCGCGACAUACAAACAAAGGAUGCGAGGCUUCUUUAAAAAUACCUGUCCUUCAACCCAGUCUCAAGUGUGCAACAUUAUGCUGGGUACUUAUGUCCACAUAUCUUCUAGAUACUUGGGUAUGCCAUUGGGUAUUGGGAAGUCGAAGAAAGAAGUUUUUGACUGUGAUCUUGUGGCUGUGGGGAGGAAGCUGGAAAGUUGGAAGAAUUCCUUUCUGUCUACAGCAGCCAAAGAGUUAUUCAAUGAUGCACUUAUACUGAAACAAAUUUGGAAACUUCUAACAAUGCUCAAUCUGUCAGUGACCAAAAUCCUGAAAGAGAGGGAAAUCAAGGAUGGGAUCAACCCUAAAAUACUUACAGACCCUUGGUUACAAGGAUCUAAAACUGGGAUCCCAAAGUUCAAGGACAACUACAGUCAACAUGAACUGUUUGAUGACACAGCGGUAGGGCAAAUACUGAAAAGGAGAAAGCUUGAUCCGUCUAGAAAAGACAGAUGGAUUUGGAGUGUUGAUGUAAGAAGUUUGUUUUCUGUUAAGUUAGCGUAUUCUUUGUUUGUGUGGAACAAAAUUCUAAUGAUAGAUAGAGCUGAAGGCAGUGGUUCUGCAUCAAAGGAUAAACUGGCUAGGAUGAGAUGUUGGAACUUGGAUAUUAAAGGGAAAUUGAAACAUUUUGUAUGGAGAAGUUUUUUGGGUACUUUACCUGUAGCUGCUACACUUAGGAAAAGAGGGUUUGAUGUUGAUGGGAUUUGCAGGAGUUCUGCAACCAAAGAGCAGGUAACCUUAAUGAUUGGUGGUGGCAAGUUGCUGAAAUGGACAAAUCUGAGAUCUCAGAAGCUCGUAUUCAACUUUCUACAUAUAUCCUCUGGUGGUUGUGGAAGGCCCGCAAUUUGUGGGUGUUUCGAGAUGAAUGGCUACCUGACGAGUUGA